AAUCCUUCUAACACACGCCGCUUAUAGAGUCCCUAAAAUAGGAAAACUCUUUUUAAGUUUAAACUGACGUACGAACUGAUACUGCCGUUUGGACUCUCUGUUAUUGCUCAUCUUACUCUUUCUUCUUUUCUUUUUCCCGCGAAACUUUCCUUUCCUCUGUCUCUGCAAAACCUAAUCUUCUCAUCUUUCACAUCAAUCGCUUCCGUAAUCCAAUCUCUUAAUUACACUUUUAUUUCUAUUUUUUGACCUGUUUGUGAGCCGUUACGUUGUUCUUUGAAACAAAGAAACUUCUCUUCAAAACAGAGAAGUUUUCUACUUUUGAUUCUUUCCCAAAACCUCAAACGUUAAAGUUUCCUUUGAUGUUGCUUAAUUUAUUCUUUGUUUUAUUUGUUGCGUCCCUGUUCUUGUUGACCGUUAUAUGAGACUAAACAUUAAUAGAAUGGAGUUGGGAGAAGAUGAGUUUUAUUGCUGUAUUUUUAAAAGAUGUGGCUGAGGGACUUAAUCCUGUUUAAUUUAAAAAUAAAUUUACGCAAACUUUUGGGUUUCUUUAAUUUUUCUUGGAUUGAUUAAAUUUGGAGUAGAAAGAUCAUGGGAGAGGAAGUUGAGCAAGCUAAUUCUGAUUCAAAUAAUGGAGGUUUAAUUUCCUCACAUGCGUCUGUAGUUGCAAAUCCUGAUUCAAUCCCUGCUCAAGGGAGAAUAACAGGUCCUACCAGGCGAUCAACAAAGGGAGGCUGGACAGAGAAGGAGGAUCAAGUCUUAGUUGCUGCAGUCAAAAAGUUCAAUUGCAGAAACUGGAAGAAGAUUGCUGAAUGUGUUCCUGAUAGAACAGAUGUUCAAUGUUUGCAUCGUUGGCAGAAGGUUCUUAAUCCUGAUCUUGUUAAAGGACCCUGGAAAAAGGAGGAAGAUGAUCUGAUUCGCGAGCUUGUUGGAAAGCAGGGGAAUAAGAAAUGGUCUGAAAUAGCAAAACAGUUGCCAGGCCGCAUAGGGAAGCAAUGCCGAGAGAGGUGGCACAACCAUUUGAACCCAGAAAUAAAAAGAACUGCAUGGACCAAAGAGGAGGAGUUGACUCUCAUCAAGGCCCAUGCAGUAUAUGGGAAUAAGUGGGCUGAGAUUGCUAAGUUUCUUCAUGGCAGAACUGAAAAUUCAAUAAAGAAUCACUGGAACUGCUCAGUGAGGAAGAAGGUAGGAUCACACUUGGCUUGUGAUUUUAACCUAUACAGCUCUAAUACAAAAUCAGAAAGCAGGAAGUUUGAGGCAGAUGAUCAAAGAUUUGAUGAGAGGAUGAACUUAGAGGGAAGCAUGCACAAUUGUUCAUUGGCUUUGGCUCUUGGAAAUGCUACUACAAUGGACAGUCAAUUUCCAAUUACUUCAGAUAAGGGAAACUACUGUAAAUUCCAGGGAAAAGAACCCACAUUUGGUGCUUCAGCUGCAUCCAGUCUAACCAGUGUAAACUACAGAGAAAGUCAAAAUAAUGCCAACACAACUGACUCUGACUACACAAACCGCAUAGCUACCAACUGGACCAGUAGAUUAUGUUAUACUAAUAAUUCCUCUGGUAAUCUUGCAAUGUUUCAAUCUUCAUGUGAAAGAACAUGCGAGCUGUCAGAUACAGUAAAUUCCUUGCAUUCUGGACCUCUUUCUGUGCCUUUGACUCUUUCUUUGAGUACUCCUAUUAGUGUUGCUGGUCAUGACAGAAAAGCAGGUGAAUUUAAUGACAAAAUUACAGCUGCUAGAGGCUAUGAGAACACGAAGGAACCCAAUCGUGGUUUGUUGUGCUAUGAAUCGCUCCAGUUAAGAGAUUUGGAUAUUCUUGUUGAAACUGGAAGUUUUCCAAGUACAGAUAGUUACAUUAAGACAGCAACAAGCCCAUUUUCCUCUUCCACUCCAUUAAAGCAUAACAGAGGAAUUUCUCAUAAUUGCAGUAGUCCUGAAUUCAUUUUGAAAAGUGCUGCAAAGAGUUUCAGAAGCACACCUUCAAUAAUAAGAAAAAGAAGUUUUCGAAAUUCGGGGCAAUCUAGCAAUGCAAUUCUUGGCUUCAAUGAUGUUUGGUUACCAGAAGACAGCACAGAGACCUCUUGCAAUAGCCACCUAUCUCUAAAUUUAUGUCCAUAUGAGAAAGAUUGUGACAGUAACAUGAACCCAUCAAAUGAACGGCAGCUUUUUCUUUCUUCUGCAAAGUCUCAAAAGCUUGAAACUCAAUCUGAAGAAAAAAGCUUGGAUUUUGCAUUUAAUGGGGAAAGGGAUUCAACUAGCAUCACAUCUAGAGCUUCAAGUUCUCAUAACUCUUGUAGUGGCAACUGAUGUUCAUCUGUGACAUGAUAAGCUGUGGAAGUCUUAUCAUAAAGGUUUUGGUCGAGACUAUUGGGGUAUGGUGGUUCUGUUUGAAUAUCCGUAAACUAAAUUUAUAACUGCUGUUUAUUAGAAAUUCAAACCAACCCCAAUUUUGAUACAUACUCAAAUCUACCAAAUCUUAUGUAUGGUGAAGGAAAAAGAAAGAAGGAUUUAUAUAAA